GAAGAAGAAGAAGGAGGAGGAAGAGGAAGAAGAGGAGGAGGAGGUCACUUCUCUGUCUCCUCCUCCUCUUCUCACUGUGGUUCAUGUUCCACUCGGCGUGAGGGACAAACGUGAAUUGGUGGAUUUUCCGGAUUCCAAACUGUCUCUUCCUCAGCGAGCUACAAGAUCCACCAACAGAAUGGCCUUCACAUGUGACCAGUGUGGAAAGGAGUGGCCAAAAGCUUCCAAAUUAAAGGAACACUACAGAACUCACACAGGAGAAAGACCAUAUAGUUGUGACCAGUGUGGGAAGGGAUUUAAAGAGUCUGGUGCGCUCACAGGUCAUAUGAGAAUCCACACAGGGGAGAAACCAUUUAAAUGUGAACAUUGUGGAAAGGAGUUUAGAAAGUCUGGUGAUCUCCAUCAACAUAGGAGAAUCCACACAGGGGAAAAACCAUACAGAUGUGAUGUCUGUGAGAAGACAUUUUCACUGUCAAGCAACCUAGCAAAGCAUAUGAGAAUCCACACUGGAGAAAAGCCAUUUAAAUGUCAACAGUGUGGGAAAGAAUUUAGAAAAUCUUGUGAUCUCCAUCGACAUAUGAGAAUCCACACAGGGGUAAAACCAUACAAAUGUGAUGUUUGUGAGAAGACAUUUUCAUGGUCAAGCAACCUAGAAAAGCAUAUGAGAAUCCACAGAGGAGAGAAGCCACAUGAGUGUGAUGAGUGUGGGAAAGCUUUUACUCAACACACCCAUCUCAGUAGACACAAGAGAACUCACUUCUGGCAGAUACUAUAUGAGUGUGACCAGUGUGAAAAGGCUUUUAGAACAUCCCAGGAACUCUCCAGUCACUACCGAACGCACACAGGGGAAAAAGCAGACAGCUGUGAACAGUGUGGGAAGAAAUUGAUAGACUGUGGUGACCUCAAACAACAUAUGAGAAUUCAUGCAAUGGAAAGACGUUACAGCUGUGAUGUUUGUGGGAAAACAUUUUCACGGUCAAGCAACUUAGAAAUACAUAUGAGAGUCCACACAGGGGAAAGACCUUACAGCUGUGACCAAUGUGGGAAGGGAUUUAAACACUCUGGUGCGCUCACAGGUCAUAUGAGAAUCCACACAGGAGAGAAACCAUUCAGCUGUGAUGUUUGUGAGAAGACAUUUACACAAUCAAGCAACCUAGAAAAACAUAUGAAAAUUCACACGGGAGAAAAACCAUACAGCUGUGACCAGUGUGGGAAGAAAUGUAUAGAGUCUGCUGACCUCAAACGGCAUAUGAGAAUUCAUACAGGAGAGAAACCGUACAGCUGUUUUGUUUGUGAGAAGACAUUUUCAUGGUCAAGCAACCUAGAAGCACAUAUGAGAAUUCAUACAGGAGAGAAACCAUACAGCUGUGACCAGUGUGGGAAGAAAUUUAUAGAGUCUGGUGGCCUCAAACAACAUAUGAGAAUCCAUACAGGAGAGAAACCAUACAGCUGUGACCAUUGUGGGAAGACAUUUGCACGGUCAAGCAUUCUAGUAACGCAUAUGAGAAUCCACACUGGAGAGAAGCCAUUUAAAUGUGAACAGUGUGGGAAGGAAUUUAGAGAGUCUUGUGCUCUCCAUCGACAUAUGAGAAUCCACACAGGGGAAAAACCAUACAGAUGUGAUGUUUGCGAGAAGACAUUUUCAUGGUCAAGCAACCUAGAAGCACAUAUGAAAAUCCAUACAGGAGAAAAAACAUACAGAUGUGACCAGUGUGGAAAGAAAUUUACAGAGUCUGCUGACCUCAAACAACAUAUGACAAUCCAUACAGGAGAGAAAACAUACAGCUGUGAUGUCUGUGAAAAGACAUUUUCAUGGCCAAGCAGUCUAGAAGAACAUAUGAGAGUCCACACUGGAGAGAAGCCGUACCAGUGUGACGAGUGUGGGAAAGCUUUCUCUCAACAAUCCAGUUACAAUAGACACAAGAGAACUCACUUCUGGCAGAUACUAUAUGAGUGUGACCAGUGUGAAAAGGCUUUUAGAACAUCCCAGGAACUCUCCAGUCACUACCAAACACACAAAGGAAACAAACCAGACGACUGUGAAGAAAGAGGGGAAGACUUUCCGGUCUGUGAGGAACCGUCUGAAACAUGUCCAAAUCUUACAGACUGAAGAGAAAAGCUGCAGUCUUGUGCCAAAUUUUGCACCAGUAGAGGGCGCACACCUCACUUUUGUGAUACUGGGGACUAGGGGUGUGCAGAAAUAUCUAUAUCGAUAUUAUUUAAUGUGAUGAUACAGUAUGAAUAUCGUGGGCUGCUGUAUUUAUGUAUCGCCAAGACUAUUUUUUGGUUGUUGUUUUUUUUUAUUAUUUUGUUACAGCUCUACAAUUUUGUUGCUUGUUUAGAGGAAGGAAUCUUGUUUAUGCAAAACAUUUGACAUAUUCACUGUUGUGAGGAUUUGUGUUUCGUAUUAACUUUGCACAAGAAGUGGGUUAAUAAAGACUUAGCAACAUGUUAAUGACACCCAGCCCUACUGGGGACAUUAAAGACUGGACAAUUCCUACAAUUUAAUUUCAUUUACUGUAUUUUCCGGACUAUGGAUGGAUUUGUGGGUGAUGUCACAGACAAGCUGCAUGCGCAGUCGAGGAGCGUUCCCCAUGUUACAAUGAGAAGCGUUUUGCCUCUGAACCAGAUUUCUUAUAUACUUUAUUUGUAAACAUUACAUCAGCUCUACAUCGAUAUUAUUUACAUUAUCAGGAACCACAACAGGAGACAGCUCCUCCACUAAAUAAAAUUAUACCUGGGUAUUGUAGUCCUUCGUAGUCGGGCUACAAGCUACCAGUUUGCUUGUCUCUUUGGGGUGGGGCUCACCAUCCAGUAUUGGAAGAUUAAUUUUUCUCCUCUCCAUGUCUGCUGUUCUCAACUCUGAUCCGAACAAGAAACCUGACCUAAAGAUAAGGCCAGAAAAAAGUUGCUUAAAAUAAUGCACUGUUACUAUACUAGUCUUGCUACGUUCUUCUCAAAACAAUAUGUUGUACAACAAUAAUGUUCAAAAUAUUCACAAUUACAAAAUUACAACAUGAAUGAACCAAAUAAAAUUGCUUAACUGUA